UGAAACAUAAUAAUAUGGCCACAGAAGAUUUAACUAUUCAGGUUCUCAACCUUCCUCCAAGGGUGACUCUUGCAGAAUUAAAUACCUUCUUCUCUUACUGUGGAACUGUUCAACAAAUCCAGCUCACGAGGGAUAAAGACCAAUUACCAUAUGCUUUGGUGACUUUUGUGCAGCCUUAUGCUUUUCAAACUGCCCUUCUCCUUGAUGAUGCUACCUUUGGAGGCCAACAAAUUGGCAUAUUACCUGCAUAUGAUAUUAGAAUUCCUAUAGUUUCAGAUGAAGACACAAAAGAUGAAGACACAAAAGAUAAAGAUGAAGACACAAAAGAUGAUCACACCCAGGUUACUCAUAAAGUUGGUACUUUGAUGUGUUUUUGUAGCUGUUUUGGUUAGAUUUCUUAGGGAUUCGAAAUGACAGAAUGAAUAAGGAAUGUUGCACGUAUUUGACGGCUACAAGGCUGUGCAAUUGCAUCAUCUAUAAUUUCAUUUAUAUAGGAGUGUAUGUAGGGUUUUGGUUCAUUGCCAACUCACAAACAUCUCUCCUAAUUGUGCUAGAGGACAAGCAUGUAUUAUGAAUUUGACUACCAUACUCCACAUUUAAUCAUAGCCCUUCAUUGGGAUUUUAUGU